AUGAUUUCGUUAGAAAAUGACAAAAAAGAAUUAUAUGAAGAAAUUUUGAAACUUUCAUUUCGAUUGAAUCGAGUUGCAUUACCACCAUUUCGAUUGUUAGUUAUUCAUAAAUCUCAAUUAUUAUUAUUAGAACGUAAAGAAUCAAAACCAUUACUAAUGGAUAAUGGAACCAUUUCUGUUUUACAAUUAAUUAUGUUUCAUUUACUUACUAAUACUAUAAAUCAAUUAGAAAAUGAAAAUUCUGAUUAUAAUAAAACUAUUAGUACUAUCCGUAAGGAUCAAGAUCAUGAAUAUUGGCCAAUUACUGAAAUUAAAAUGGGAAUUAUUCCUUCGUCACAAUUAAUUCAUCCAUUAAAGUAUAAUAAACUAUGUCAACAUAUUGCUAAAAUUAUUCAAACGAAUAAUUUAUCGGGAGAUAUUAAAAGAAAUGUAGAUGAUUGCUUUAAAUUACUAGAAAAAAUACUUAUUUCAGUUGGUGCUGAUGAAUCACACAUUAAAUUUGUAACAACGGCUAUGUCCAAAUUAGUCCCCGUAUAUGAUUAUCCAUUAUUAAUAGCAUUACCUUAUGACCGCUUAUUAUUAACACAAUUUUAUAAAAUAAGAUGUAUUGAUGAUCGGUAUGCUCAAGGAAUUAUGGCUAAUGGAAAGUAUUUUUCAUUGAAUAACAACGCUUAUACUCCAAUGUUGGAAUUAGGAAUUAAUCCUGGUUCUAUCAUUCAAUUGAAGUUUAAUAUUCAACCUGAUACUAUCGUUAAUGGAAAUCUAUUCGUUUCUCAGGUUAAUGAUACAAAAAUUACUGACCAUUGUCAAAAUAUAUCAGGUAUCAAUAUAAAUAAAUUUGCCAUAACACAAUACGAACUUUCAGCUGAAUUUGAUAAUAAUGCAGUUAAUUUAAUGUUUCCAACUAAAGCCAUUAAUGUGCUUAAAUCUGCUGAAGAAUUAAAACAAAAAUCAAAUAAAGAUAAAUCAAAAGCAAGUAUUAUUUCUGAAAAACAUCCUGUGAUGAAUUACUUAAGAUCAAAUUUAAAAUCGUCAAGUAAUUGGAUUCAUUCAUCAACAAAAAUAAAUGAAUCAAUACAGCAAAUAGAGAAACUAAAUAUUGGGAAAACAAAUCCAAAUCAAAAAACUCAAAAUAUACCUUCAAAUGAAAAUAGUUUAGCUCAAGCAAUUCAAACUACUACUAGUUCAGCCACAUUAAUUAAUAAACCGUCAACUUCUUCAUUACCUUUCAUAGAUAAGCCUGAAUGUUUAAAUUGUUUAUCACAACUCAAUGAUGAUAAUUUGGAAUGUCCACAUUGUACACAAGUAUUUUGUCGAAUAUGUAUUGAAUCUAGUUGUGAUAAUACAAAUCAUGAACAUUAUUGUCCAACAUGUUCCAAUAAAGUUAAAUUAUCAGAAUAUCGUAAAUCAAAAAUUAUUGACAAAUUUGAAACAGAAGGUAUAUCGGCAUUUGAAUGUUUCAUUUGUCAUUCAAUACCAGAAAAACAUAGAUU